UAUCACCAACGACAAUUUAAUUGCAACCAUUGAUUAAGAUCCAAAGGCUAUAAUUUGACACCAAUGGUCAAAAAUUUAUUCCGUCAAAAAUUUCAAAUUUCUCUUUUUAAACCUCUAUAAAUACCUUACUUCAUUUUAUCAUUUCUCAUAGCAAAAUUAUCUUCUUCCUCAUCUUCUUCUUCAAUUUACUUUUUAUUUCUUGUUAGACUCAUCAAACCAUGAGAGAGUCUAAUUCCACUUGGCAAGAAGAGGAGAGAAUUCAAUUAUGUGAUUCAUGAGCGCGUGUAACUGUAUGUCCGAUCACCGGCAAAUGCAUAAGCUCCACAAAGUUAUGGGAAAAAGUUCAUGCCGAUUAUGUCAAGCAUUGGCAAGGUCCACCGACAAAUCGAGGUCCACUCGCCAUGCAAUCUCAAUUUCGGACGUUGAAAAAACUGCUGAAAGAUUGGCAUAAUGCACAAAUUAAAGCCCGUAAUAAUAUAGCUAGCGGCACCAAUAUGAUGGAUGAGAUGAAUCAAGCUCAUUCGAACUACAUGAAAAAUCAUCCCAAAAAAUUUAAUAAAUGGGAAUGUUGGGACAAAGUUAAACAUCAUCCUUAUUUAAUUGAUCCACCAUUUAAUCCUCAACCUAUGGAGUUUUAUUCAACACCUAAUGCCUCCGAAAAUGACUCUCCAAUUGACCUGGAAGAUGAUAUAGUUUUGGAGACACCUUCAAGCUCUAUCCCAAGGCCAAUUGGACAAAAGAGAGCCAAAGAAGCAAUGAGGAAAGGAAAGAAAGUACAAGAUGCAAUAGAAAGUAUGGCUCUUGCUAUUCAAGCCAUGGCGGAAUCAAAUCAAGCUUCUGUUGAAUUAAUGAGGAAAAGAAAUGAAGAGAUAGCUACUCAUACAAGAAAAGUAUUGGCAUUUGAAGAAGCGAAAGAAGAUACAAAAGUAAUGGCCAUGGAUACUAAUUACAUGACUCCAGAAUCAAAGGCUUGGUGGAAAAAGAAGAAAAGUGAUAUUAUAGCCAAAACAUUAUUCGAUGGUAAUAGCAGCAGUGACUACACACCUGAGGUUGAUUAG